AUGAGCGCGAACCCACCUCGUCUUCUCGCCACCAUGGCUGCUCACCUACCAGUACCACGUCUCCCCGUCCUCCUCUUCGUCUUCCUCGCCGUCCAUGUCCAUGUCCCUGCCACCCAUGCCAUCCCUCCGUCGCUCCCGACCACCUAUGACGGUUCGAUUUGCUCGGAGUCGUUCAUGUGCGGCGGCGUCAAUAUCAGCUAUCCCUUCUACCUCGCCGACGCGACCAGAGAGAUCGCCGACUACGGAUACAACUACUCCUGCGGCUACACCGACCUGUUAAUUUCCUGCCAAGGCGAGGCGCCGACCGGGAUCCCGGUCAUCAAUCUCGGCGGCGAGAACUACGCCGUCCAGAAGAUCUUCUACCACAAUCGCACCAUCAUUCUGGCGGACAGCGACGUCGGCGGCAGCUGCCCUGCAGUCAGCCACAACGUCAGCUUCGAUGAGUUGUGGCUGUACAACAGCAGCGCCUUCCACAACCUCACCUUCUUCUUCGGCUGCCACCUAGGCGAUUCCAUGACGCUUGAAUUUGACGCAUACAAAAUCAAAUGCGCGGAUUUCAAGAGUCCGACACAUGCUGGCCCAGGAGACUCCUUCGUGGUCAUGACUGAUGAGCAUGACAGGUAUCUGGAGCAAGAAUUGGCGAUGAACUGCAACAUGAUUGUCACCGUGCCAGUGAACCACGAUGUUCUGAUGGCAGCAAGUAACCAGCAAGACUUCAGAAGCGGCGGGUAUGCAGACGUGCUCAAGAGUGGGUUCGAGUUGGAAUGGGAACGUGUCGCAGCGGAUGGGUGUCCCUUGUGCGAGGAGUCGAACGGGCGAUGCACCUAUAGCCAGCACAGGGAAUUCCUGGGCUGCUUGUGCCACGGAGGGAAGGUGGGCAGCCCGGACUGCGAACACAUCGUCCCUGCGACUGCGAGCACCGCAACUGCAUCACGUAAGUCCUCCUGA